ACCACACCUUUUAAAUCUCACCAGUCAUCACUCAUCCACCAUCUCUAUCUGUCCUUUUAAAUACCAUACCUUUUUUCCACACCCAAAAAUCACUUGGACAAGAAAAAUACACUCUCUCACGCACCACCAAAAAACAACCAAACCAAUCAAUCAAACUCCAUUUUUUUAUAGCUUUUUCUUCCUAUAAUCUUUCUUCACUCCUCGUGCGAAAAAUCCAUCCUUGUAGCUUCCUUUGUCUACUAAUCAAUAAUUCCAAAUGGUACCAUGGCACUAAACAGAUCAACAACAACUACCAAGGAACAAAACUCAAGUUUAUAGAUCAAGCCAUAUAAACCAAAAAAGAAGGUUUUUCUUUAUUUGUUCAUAAUCAACAUGAUACGUUAAAGCUUCUUCCUACGGACAAAAAAGAGAACUUUUUUUUGACAGAUAUGGGAACGUACUUUCACGGAAGUAGCAACAGUUCUGACAUCCAACCGUCGGCAGAAGGUAUGCAGACACUUUACCUUAUGAAUCCAAACUACGUAGUACCGUACUCCGAGGAACCACAAAAUCCAACACAAAACAUGCUUUUCACUAAUCACAACGCUACCACAAACACUCCUCCUUCACCUCACGCGCUCAAUGUAUUCAAAUUUCCGCACGCGCCUUCUUCGAUGAGUCAACACAACAUAGUUGGAUUUACUGUUCCACCGUCGAACUUCCAUGGAUCCAACUCCACCGACAGUUCUACACAGCCGUAUCAAGCUUCCGGCUUCCACGCCAUCCCCUCCUCGGCGGCAGAAACUACUCAUCCACCUCAUCCCCAGUAUAAUACAUGGGGAUCAGGUAGUUUCAUACUACCCGACCAAACUGUCACGGUGGCCACAACCUCUAACAUAUCAGAAUCUCAGACCGUUGCCACCGUGACAACAUCUGCAGCGACAGAAUUUUCGCCGCCACAAAUAGGUUAUCAUCAUAGGCCAGUUUAUCAGCGUGGUUUGUCUCUCAGUCUUUCCUCACAACAAACGCCUUACCGGUCAUUUUCUGGCGAGGUUGAGGUCUCCCGCGGCGGUGACAACCACGGCGGUGUUGUUUUCGGGUCGAAGUACUUAAAAGUGGCACAAGAGCUUCUAGAUGAAGUUGUGAAUGUGGAUAAGGGAAUCAUGAAAGGAGAAUCUGUUGAAGGAAAUAAUACUAACAAUAAUGAUAGAGAAAAGAGGAAAGCGAAUAUUGAAUCGAGUUCGAGUGGUGGAAGAGAAAACGAUGGAGGGAAACAAGUUGUUGAAUUAAGCACUGCACAGAGACAAGAGCUUCAAAUGAAGAAGUCAAAGCUUGUUAACAUGCUAGAUGAGGUAGAGCUAAGGUACAAACAAUACCACCAUCAAAUGCAAAGUGUGAUAUCAUCAUUUGAAUCCGCAACCGGAUACGGAGCAGCAAAAUCUUAUACAUCCCUUGCCUUGAAGACAAUCUCAAAGCAAUUUCGAAGUCUGAAAGACGCAAUAACAUCGCAAAUCAAGACGACUAGCAAGAGUUUGGGAGAAGAUGAUUGCUUGGGAGUUAAGUUAGAAGGUUCUAGGCUAAGGUACGUCGAUCAUCAUCUCCGACAACAACGGGCAUUACAGCAACUUGGAAUGAUUCAGAAUAAUGCUUGGAGACCACAAAGAGGAUUGCCCGAACGAGCUGUUUCUGUUCUUCGAGCUUGGCUUUUCGAGCAUUUCUUGCACCCAUAUCCUAAGGACUCUGAUAAGGUUAUGCUUGCAAGACAAACUGGACUUACUCGGAGUCAGGUGUCUAACUGGUUUAUAAACGCUCGAGUUCGGCUAUGGAAACCAAUGGUUGAAGAAAUGUACAUGGAAGAAAUCAAGGAACAAGAGGAGAAUAAUGGAUCCAAGGAUAACACAAAUACAUCAAAAGAAUCAAGAAAAGAGUUAUGGUCUACAACUAAUGCUACACAAGAAUCAAGUGCUACUAAAAUCGAUCAUAUCACUGCGCUUAAUUCAAAAACAGAAAACUUCAACAACCAAAACACUUCUCCAACUGAUAUUUCACAUCCCAAUAAUUCAAUCUCCUUAUCACCAUUGGAUAUGAAGUCUAACAGAGAAUCCAACACAAAGUUUGAGUUUGAAAGGAAUCAUGACAAAAAUGGUUACCCUUUAAUGAAUGAAAAUGAAAACCAUGGUGGUGGUUAUGGAUCAAUAUUCUCAAUGGAAGAUAUUGGAAGGUAUAAUGUUAGUGAACAACUAGCUCCUAGAUUUCAUGGAAAUGGUGUUUCUCUCACUCUUGGUCUACCACAUAAUGAAAAUCUCCCUCUAUCUUCAACUCAACAUGGAUUUCUCACUCAUAGUAUGCAUAUCGGAGGGAGGAUUGAAAUGAGAGAGAAUGAAAAUGAGUUUUGUGGCAUUAACACUACUACUCCUUCUUCUCAUUCAGGUACAAGUUAUGAGAGUGUUGAUAUUCAAAACAAGAAAAGGUUUUCUACACAAUUAUUACGUAACUUUGUGAACUAAUGAGAUAUUGGAUAUCCUUUGAGGAGCUGAAAUCAUGACGUGCCAUAAUGAUUUUGAUCACCCUAUCGAAAUGUCAAUUCGAACAAAAAAUUAGUGUAUAGUUCAUAUUCAAGUUUGUUUUGGGAAGAUAUGUAUUGUAUAUGGUAUUGGAAUAAUAAAUAGGUAUGUAUAGGAGUUGAAUGAGUUCUUUGGAUUUAUCUAUACUUAAAGACAGUUAUGAGUUAAUGUGUAAGAUUGAUAUUUCCUUCAUGCAUGUAAUUUUGUUUCUUGGACGGAUUGUAAUGGGGUGGAGAUCAUGAAAGCUAUAAAGAUGUACAAAUUUUUUGAAUGCUUUCAUUAGAACAUGAAUGUGUAUGUGAUCUAUAUGGGAUAUGGAUGAAAUUUAUUACUUAUUGCAAAUC